AUGGAUUUGGUACCUAAGGUGACAAGUUUCCUCACUUUGGUUUUCAUUGCUUUAUCCUCUUUGGAGCCUGUUGUCUGUAUUAGACACUGGCAAUUGUCUGCCCAGCCACUGGUAGACGAGCAUCUUGUAACUAAUUUGCCAGGCCAGCCAGAUGUAAACUUCAAGCACUAUGCUGGCUACCUUACAGUCAAUGAACAGAAUGGAAGGGCAUUGUUUUACUGGUUCUAUGAGGCCACUACUCAACCUGAUAAAAAACCUCUAGUCCUGUGGCUUAAUGGAGGUCCUGGGUGCUCUUCUGUAGGAUAUGGAGCAACACAAGAGAUUGGCCCUUUCAUAGUGGACACUAAUGGGCAUGGACUUAAAUAUAAUCCUUACUCUUGGAAUUCAGAGGCCAAUAUGUUAUUCUUAGAAUCUCCAGUUGGAGUUGGGUUUUCAUAUUCAAACACUACUAGUGAUUAUAAUAUUCUGGGAGAUGAAUUUACUGCAAAUGAUGCCUAUGCUUUCCUGCAUAAGUGGUUUCUCCUGUUUCCAUCAUAUAGAUCGCGGGCGUUUUAUAUUGCAGGAGAGAGCUAUGCAGGAAAAUAUGUUCCUGAGCUUGCUGAGCUUAUAAAUGACAAGAAUAAUGACACUUCCCUUUACAUCGACCUCAAUGGUAUUCUGUUGGGUAAUCCUGAAACAAGUGACGCUGAAGACUGGAGAGGUAUGGUGGACUAUGCUUGGAGCCAUGCUGUCAUAUCAGAUGAAACUCAUAAGAUAAUCAGACAAAGCUGCAACUUUGACAGUAAUGACACAUGGAGUAACGAUGAUUGUACUGAGGCUGUUGAUGAAUUACUCAAACAGUACAAGGAAAUAGAUAUUUACAGCCUCUACACCUCAAUGCCAAGGAUUAUGGGUGGUUAUGAUCCAUGCCUUGAUGAAUAUGCAAAAGCUUUCUACAACAGACCAGAUGUUCAAAAGGCUCUCCAUGUCAGUGAUGGUCAACAUCUCAAGAACUGGAGCAUCUGCAACACUAAGAUAUUUGUUGAAUGGUUGGAAUCGAGGCCAUCAGUUCUUCCUAUAUACAAGAAGCUGAUUACAGCAGGACUUAGAAUAUGGGUUUACAGUGGUGAUACAGAUGGAAGAGUUCCUGUACUAUCUACAAGAUACAGCUUAAGUUCUCUGGGCCUGCCAAUCACCAAGGCAUGGAGACCCUGGUACCACCAGAAGGAGGUCAGUGGUUGGUUCCAAGAAUACGAGGGGCUAACAUUUGCUACAUUUAGAGGAGCUGGACAUGCUGUGCCACUCUUCAAACCAAGCAACUCACUUGCAUAUUUCUCAGCCUUUCUUCUAGGAGAAUCCCUGCCUUCUGUGAGAUAAAUCAGCAGUGUCAAGAACCAGCCAUCUUGUUCCUCAAAGUUUUUUCUCAUCAUACUAUAUUAGAUUGUCAAUAUACAUAUAUAAAUAAGAGAGCAAGAUGCCUGUCAGCAAGUGU